AUGAAGGUGGACACCCUGGAUGCCAUUCUAGCUCAGAACAAGAUCAUGUCACAACAAAUCAGUAUGAUUACUCAGCAAUUAAGUAGGAUGCAAGUCUUAGCUGAUAAUACUCAAGAUGCAUCUUAUGACAUGAAUGGAGGCUUCAACCAAGAAGAGAAUUAUGGUUAUGAUCAACCCACUCCUGAGCAAGAGACUAGAGCUUUAAUUCGGAACUUGGAAGUACAAGUGGGUCAGUUGAGCAAAAGAAUACCUGAGAGACCUCCUAACACUCUUCCUGGUGACACAAAGGUAAAUCCAAGGGAAGAGUGUAAGGCCCUCACAAUGGCUCAUGAAUUCAUGCCAAAGGAAGCGCAGGUUGCUAAGGAGUUAGAAGAGAAAGAAGCUCUAGAAAAGGAUGAAGUUACGCUGUCACACGUCUCACCUAGGGCACCUAUUCAAGAGCCUGAAGUAUUACACCCUCAGGAGCUCCAAGAGCAGUCCAAUAAUGAGCAGUUCUCUCAGUUUUUGGAGGUCUUUAAGAAGUUAAAAGUCAAUAUUCCUUUCGCUAAGACUCUUGAGAAAAUGCCUCCCUAUGUAGCAUUCAUGAAAGGCUUACUCUUUGAGAAGAAGGCCUUAAAGAGAGAUAAAAUAGUGGUACUGACCAAGGAAUGUAGUGCACUCAUUCAGAGAAAGCUGCCAGAGAAGAUGCCAGAUCCAAGAAACUUUCAGAUUCCUUGUACUAUUGGGAAUAUCAUUUUUUACAAAGCUAUUUGUGAUCUUAGCUCAAGUAUUAAUCUGAUGCCUUUGUUUGUGAUGGAAAAGCUGCAAAUUCAAGAGGCACAGCCUACAAGGAUAGCACUAUAG